CGUAAUACGAACAACUGGUGACAAAUCAAGGUAGAGCAGUUGUUAACGUUGUUAAUUAGUCAACAACCAAAAUACACCGCAUUAUUGUUGUUGUUCAACGCCCAAUAUAGUCACAACACAACAAAAUGGGUUUGUUUGGUAAAAGUCCAGAGCGAAAUCCCAAAGAUAUGGUGAAUGAAUGGUGUCACAAAAUACGUAAAGAAGGAUACCAACUGGACAGACAAAUCAGGGCUAUUCAAAGAGAAGAAGAAAAGGUCAAGAAGUCACUUAAAGAAGCAGCAAAGAAAGGGGACAAGGACACAUGCACUAUUCUAGCAAAAGAAAUUAUUAGAGCAAGGAAAGCUAUUGGGAAGAUUCACACAUCUAAGGCACAUUUGAAUUCAGUGCAGUUACAGAUGAAAAAUCAACUAGCAACUUUAAGAGUAGCUGGAGCUCUCUCAAAGUCCACUGAAGUAAUGCAAGCAAUGCAGCGACUAGUACGCAUCCCGGAAGUAGCUAAAACAAUGCAAGAAAUGUCCAAAGAAAUGACGCGCGCCGGAAUAAUCGAAGAAAUGCUAGACGAAACCUUCGAAGGAAUGGAAGACCAAGAGGAGAUGGAGGAGGCGGCGCAGGCGGAGGUUGACAAAGUAUUAUUUGAGUUAACAGAGGGUAGGCUUGGUGAAGCACCCGAAGUCCCAAUUGGCGAUACUGCUGCUCCAGUUAAAGAAGAAGAACCAGAAGAGGAAAAUGAACAGGAGUUGGAAGAGAUGCAGAGUCGAUUGGCAGCGCUAAAGUCCUAAUUGUACAAUUAAUACUUACUAACAAUUAACUUUUGGCUUAAAAUCUAUUUUUAUAAAGAGUUUUUCUAUUAAUUUAAUAUUAAUACUAUAGUGCUGGCACUGCAUAUUGCACACACUCUGCUUAUGUUGUACAAAAAUUAAGUUAAUGUAUUUAACACACUUGUUACAUGUUGAUAAUAUUAUUAUAACAAUAUAUACUCAAGAGGCCUUGUUUUCAGUCCCAAAA